CAGUCAGGUGACUGUGCAGACAGAAUAUGGCCGACCUGUCAGAAGACCAAUGAGGGAAAGGCCAAAUUUUGCAUAAUCGAUCUUUUUUUUUUUCCGUCCUUUGAGACUAAAGUUGACCGUCGCGGGCAGCGUUUAUCCAGAACCAUCCAAGAUGAGUGCUUUGCCGGAUGGAGUGGCAAACGGCCCAAGUAGGAGCAAACACUCUGCUGAAUAUCCUCAGAUUUGGGAGAGGCCGUGGAGUCUUGAAGAGAUCCGGCAGCACAGCACCAACUGGUCUUUAGCUGCUGACUCCGGACUCUUUCACUUCCUGCAAGACUUCUCCCAGAGGAUGUUGUCAAAAACGCAUGAGAUUGAGAAGCAGCUGGACAGUCUCAUCUGUGACACUAAGGCCACCGACAGCCGCUUGCACACCGUCUUCAACGACUUCCUGAUGCUGUCUAACACACAGUUCAUAGAAAACAGAGUGUAUGACGAAGAAGUGGAGGAGACGAUUUCUAAAGCUGACGCAUUAGAAAAGCAGCCUGAGCCGCAGAAGGAGAAGACUCGAGAGCAAAAAGAAGCAGAGCUGAUCCCUAAGAUGCAGGAAGCUGUGAACUACGGUCUGAAAGUUCUGGAGUCCGCCUUUGAGCAUCUGGACAUCAAAGCAGGAAACUCUGACUCAGAGGAUGAGGACAUCUCAGAAGAAAUGGAGCUCAUCCUGGAGCCCAAGGAUCUUUACGUGGACAGACCACUUCCAUCUCUGAUUGGUUCCCAGUCCUUCAUGGAACAGGACGAUGUAGGACUUGGUGACCUGUUAAGUGAUGAAGUGUCGGUUGACAGUGACAGAGACAGUGUGAUCGACAGCGAAGAUGACAAGGAAGAAGCUCAUUCAGACGAGGACUCUUACCAGGAGGAGCAGGAAGGUCACAAUAACAUUAAGAAGAAGUCAUCUGUGAUCAGUUAUGAUGAGGAAGACGAGGAUGACGAGGAAGAGGAGGAUUCUGACUUAUUUGGAUCAGACAAGGAGGAUGAAAACGAUGACUCAAAUAACACGGGGCCUUCAUCCUUUGCUGAUGAGCUUGCCGCUCGAAUCAAAGGAGAAACGUUUAAUAGACCCGAGGAAGAUCGCGCAUCACUGGCAUCUAAAAAGAAGAGUAAAGGCAGAAAAGAACCAAAGCCAACAAAUCCACAGGCAGCUGAAGAGGAUAGCGAUGACAUGUUUAAGCCUCCCAAGCUGGACGACGAGGAUUUCUCUCUAUUUGGAGGAACAAGCGGCCUCUUCAGCAGAGGGAAAGGACUCUUUGACGAUGAUGACGAGGGAGACCUCUUCUCUGAGGCGCCAAAACCCGCAUUGGAGGAGAAAAAAGACACGAACGAAAGCAUAAAAAGUGCGGCUCAAACCCAAGAAUCUAACAAAACCAUUAAGAAGAUUCCAGCUGGUGCCGUGUCAAUAUUCCCAGGAGCUGGCGGUGCUGGAGGAGGUGGGCUGUUUGAUGACGAUGAGGAAGAUGAUGACUUCUUCAGUGAGAAAAGCCUGAAAAAGCCAGAUUCUAUUGUACAAGAGAAAUCCAAACCCAAAAGACCCAUUGACCUGUUUGAUGAUGAAGAUGAUGAAGAUGGGGACAUCUUCAGUAGCAAGCACAGCAUACAGACUCCCGCUCAGACCCAGAGAGAGGUCGUUGAGGAGAAGGAGAAACCUCCUGAGAGAAAGAUGCCUCCUGGAGCCAUCUCCAUGUUUGGUCCCGCCACUAAAAGCCUGCUCAGCGAGGGCCUGAAAAAACGGCAGCUGUCCACCAGCGAGGAGUCCAACAAAUCUGACGAGAAUGCUCCUGUUACUGCUGCUGUUGGAAAAGCUUCUGCUGAGCAAACUGACAAACAUCAAACCAGCAGCCUUUUCUCUGACGACGAAGAGCCGCAGUUAUUUCCAACCACCCCGAAAAGCCGGUUAAAACCUGAACCUACGAGCCUCGGCAAAACCAGCAAGGCUUCCUUGUCGAUAUUCGACGAUGAGGAAGACGAGGAUCUGUUUGCAUUUGCUGCUAAAUCAAAAGAAAAGCCUAAUUUAGUGAAAUCUUCCAAACCACAACCCAGCAGCUCACUUUUCAGUGAUGAUGAGCAGGACCAGUGGAUGAGUUCAAAAAAGAAACCAGACACCAAGUCAGAGGGGAUAAAAACAAGCACCAGUGUGCCAUCUGGGCUCCCAAGCACCAAAACACCUAAAAAGAGCAGCCUGUUUGAUGAAGAGGAGGAGGAGGAUCUGUUUGCUUCAGCAAAAGACUCAAAUCAGAAGAAACCUCAGAGGGUGGCUCUUCUGUUUGAAGAUGAAGGUGACGAUGAAGAGGGAGGCUCUCUCUUUGGCAUCAAACCUGCGUUUAAUACUGAAGCUCCAUCCAAAACACCUCAUGCCACCUCUGAGCCAUCCCCCUCGCAUAAAGAAGGUUUUGUUCCUAAGACGUUGGGAAAUGAUAAACGACAUGAGCAGCAGAAGCCUGCAGAAACCCCUGAGCCUCCUCCUACUUCGCCAUCGCAGGAGGGUGCCACGAGUAGAAAGAAGCCCGCAGGAGCAGUCAGCCUCUUCGGCGGCAUCGACGUUCUUGACGCGCUGACAAAGACUCCGCUGGAUGGAGAUGAUCACGAUGACGUCUUCCUCUCAAAGGAAAGACCACCGCCAACUGAGGAGGAAAAUAAGGAAGUGAAGGGAAAAGCUAAUGCUGUUAGUCUGUUUGACGAUGAUGGUGAUGAAGAAGAUGAUGAAGAGGUGGAUUGGAGCGACUCGCUGUUCGUUCCCAGUCAGGCCACGACGAAGAAGACGCAAAAGUCUGCAGAAGAGCGGCCGCAGCUGAAAAGCACCAGAGUGUUCCAGGACGAAGAGCUGCUGUUCAGUCAGACGCAGCAGAAGGACAACGACCCAGACGUUGACCUCUUUGCAACCUCAGAAACAGCUGCAAGUUCCGCAGCCAGCUCGGUGAAGCCAGCAGCUCAGAGUCUGUUUUCAGACGACGAUGAAGACGACCUUUUCAGCUCCGUCAAGUCAAAGCCUCCACCUCCGAAAGUGGCAGAGAAACCAAGCAGACCUCAGGACAAAGCGCCUCUUGCAAGCCCAGAACCGGUGUCAGAGAUCCAGAAGCCUGCACCAAGUCCUGUAAAACCUAAAGAUUCCUCAUCAAGGAUUGGCAAACUUCAAGCCAGUCUGAUGAUCGACCCAGCUGCUUUGCUCCCUGGUGCCGGUCCCAGUAUGUCGGGGGCUCUGAGUUCUUCCUCUGGGGUGUCCAGCUCCAGUAUGAGUCCCAGCCCUGUUUCCACCCCCAUCGAGACUCCGGCGGAGAACGAAAGAGCGGUGAGCUUCGACACACCAGUCCAGGUCACAACCCUGGUGAGCACGCUCAAGGGCCGCGUAAAAGGUUCUGCACUUCGGAGACCCCAGUCCAGAGCAGCAAGGCAGCAAGCAGUUCAAAAGUCUGUGGACUAUAUAGGGGAGACUCUAGAAGAUGGUUCUGGGCCAACAUCUAGCCUCAAUAGUUUAGUCCUACCUCCUCCUGAAAAGUCUCGCCAAACUAUUCCGUCGUCUAACUCUGCUGCGCCUUCAGCCUUGCCAACGCCCUCACCUGCACAGUCCUCCCAAAACUCCCCCAGACCCUCUGAACUCACACUGCCAGCAACAACGAAUGUCAAAAAAGAGUCCAGGAAGGACGGCAGCUUUACAAAGGCACCGCCACUCUCGGAUGAUGAUAAUGACGACGACCUCUUUGGUCCCGAUGGACUCUUUGGGGUAAAAUCGGUCACUAACAAGCCUACUAGAGAAUCUACCAAGCCCAGUCCACCCCAGGCCAGUAGCGGGGUAGCAGAGGACAGAGAUCUAAGCACACUUCCAUCUAUUUUUGAUGACAACGACGACGACCUUUUCCACACCGUUAAGCCACAAGCAGCCUCAAAGAAGCCUGCUCAGGUCUCGUCCUUUUUUGAAGAUGAAGACGAUGACCUUUUUGGACUUAACAGCAGCUCCACACCAACAUCCAAAAGUCACAAAGAAGUCAAGACCAGCAGCAGUUUUUCCAAACAGGACAUUUUUCAGGAUGAAGCAGCCACCAUGCCUAAAGUUCAGAAGAAAGAGAAAUCCACUGAUGUCGACUUGUUUGAUGACAACAUAGACAUUUUUGCCGACCUGAUGGACACUGUAAAACCAAAACAAAAGUCCAAGAUGAAGGGAGAGGCAAAGUCGAUAUUCGACGAUGCCAUGGAUGACAUUUUCUCAACAAGCACAGUAAAACCCGGGACAAAGGCUCCCAAUGAAUCAAAGAAAAGGCCACCAUCCCAGGAAAUCAGUACAUCGGCCGAUUCCAGCAACAUUUUUGAUGACCCACUAAAUGCUUUAGGUGGUAACUGAUGUUUUGAAAUGUCCAAAUAUGUAAAAUUGUGGAUAUAUUUGUUUAUAAUUGAGAGAUUCACCUGAGCGAUAUUGGAUACACUGUGGAUAAGAGUAUUUAUUGCUAUAAAUUCAAAUCAAUACUGUGGCUUAUUUUUGGCUGAUAACACAAAUGUUUAUGAUUCGUUUCAUGGUCAAACAGCCUUCCUAAUCAUCUUUGCUUCAUAGUUAAUAAAAUGUAUUAUUCAUUAAUAUACAUAACAGCACUUUAGCCUGGAGGCCUGCAGAAAUUCAGCAGUAAUAUUUUUUUCUCUUUCAGUUCCUUGACUUUGCCUUGUGGGAUUUCGUGUUUUUGUGCCAUAAUGUACUUCUUGUCUUAGUCAUUUCUGACUGUUUUUUUAUUCAGAAAUUCAUUCAUUUUCUUAACUUUGCCUGUAUGAAAGCAAAAGCUCAAUUUUAAUAACUAAAAAGAAAAUAAAAAAGAAUAUUUUAUCUGACAAA